GCGCAUGUCGCGCGUCUUCCUUCUCGCUUGUUCUACGCUGCGAUGCCCUUGAUGGCGCGGAGCUUCUGCCACCGACACCACCCGAGUCCUUGCGUCUGCUGCUGCUGUCAACCGACCCCCUCUUCGCGACGCCCUCUGGUCUGACCCUGCGGCUGUCCGUUUUCCCCCGCGCCAUUCAUUUGCGCAGGAUGCGCCUUGUGAUACGCGACCCGCCUGACGAGGUGGGCCUUGUCAGACCCAUUUUCGGGUUUCUACGCCAGCUCCGGUAUAUAAGGGAGGCGCGUGCAACUGGAAAGGGUCAGCUCGCUCAGCUCUCCCGCUCUGCAUCUGUCUAGCUUCACCAUGCUCACCUUCAGCAAGGCAAUCCUCUGCGCAGUCCUCCUCGCCAAGUAUGCGUCUGCUGCACCGGCCGCCGCGUCGUCCGGCAUAGCGAGCAGCGCAGCCGCUACAGCGAGCUCAGCGGCCUCCAGCGCCGCGUUUGCGUCGGCCAGCUCUGCGGUCUCCAGCGUGUUUGCGUCGGCCAGCUCCGCCGUGGCCUCCAGCGACCUCCGCUCCAGCAAGACAGUGGCCCCGACCAGCUCCUUCUCAGCUGAACCCGCCUCCGUCACGGUGCCAUUCGCCAGCGAUGACCCGAACGGCAUGUUGUGGGGCGAGGAUUCGACAACUGACCCGCAGGCCAUUCGUAACACGCUCGGUGCGACCAUCAUGGGGCCGCAGAACAUUCCGAUCGCGCUGCAGAACCCGGACCUCCUUGCGCCCCCUAGCACCGACGAGGGCAGCGUUCAGAAUGCUAAGUGGCCCUUCGCGCUGAGCCACAACCGCCUGCAAACGGGCGGAUGGGCACGUCAGCAGAACAUCGAUGUGAUGCCCAUCGCGAAGUCGAUGGCUGGCGUUAACAUGCGGCUCGAAGCGGGCGCGAUUCGGGAGCUUCACUGGCACAAGACUGCCGAGUGGUCCUAUGUUACCAAGGGCUCCGUUCAGGUGUCGUCCAUCAACAGUGACGGGCAAAACUACCUCGCCACGGCGUCCGCGGGCGACCUCUGGUACUUUCCUCCUGGCGUGCCGCAUUCGCUUCAGGCGACCGCCGAUGACCCGGACGGGACGGAGUUCCUGCUGGUCUUCGACGACGGCGCGUUCAGCGAAGACUCAACCUUCCUGCUCACGGAUUGGCUUGCACACGUCCCGAAGGAAGUGCUCGCGAAGAACUUCAAGACCAAUAUCUCCGCAUUCGACCACAUCCCGGCGAAGCAGCUCUACAUCUUCCCGAGUGCGCCCCCUCCGGACAACGCCCAGGCCCCGUCGGACCCGCAGGGUCAGAUCCCCAGCCCGUUCGUGUUCCACCUGUCGCAGGUGAAGGCGACGGAUCUGGACGGCGGCUCGGUCAAGGUCGUCGACUCGACUACCUUCCCGGUUGCUCAGGCGAUCGCCGUCGCUGAAGUCACUGUCGAGCCCGGAGCGAUGAGGGAGCUCCACUGGCACCCGACUCAGGACGAGUGGACUUACUACCUCGAGGGCCAGGGCCGCGUGACGCUCUUCGCAUCCAGCAGCAACGCGCGCACGUUCAACUACGAGGCGGGAGACGUCGGCUUCGUGCCAGCCUCCUUCGGACACUACGUCGAGAACACGGGCAACACCACGCUCCGCUUCCUCGAGAUCUUCAACACGAACCGCUUCGAGGACAUCAGUCUCAGUCAGUGGCUCGCGCUCACUCCGCCUGCCCUGGUUAAGGCGCACCUGGACCUCGACGACGAGACGAUCGCUAACCUGAGCAAGACCAAGCUGACCGUCGUCGGCCCCGCCUAA